AUGUUUGAUGUGCUUCAUGUCCAUCAAGAAGUAAGUAACAUUGAUCUCUAUUUAGAGGUUGAAGACAUUGAUCAAAUUCGACACAUAGAGAUGGAAUCUAGAAAUCAUGAACUGGUUGUGCUAGAAGAGCAAAGGAAAAACGAGUUACAAUUACCUAAUACAAACCAUGUUAAUGCCAUAUCAGAUAUGAUUCAUAAUGAAGAUUUCUACACAAUUUCUCAAGCUAUUGUUGUGAGUAAUGGAAUAAUUAGUGAUAAUGAAAUUGAUGAAGAAGAUGACAUAGGAGAAGAAUAUGAUGAAGAUGAUGGAGUUGACAUCACUCAAGAACAUGAACCACCACAUGUAGAUCGGGGUGAAACAUCUUUUGACAACAACCAUCAAGUACCAUUAACUUUUACCAAUAUAGAAGAAACAAAUGUGAUUAGUGAUGGUAAUUGGACUGUGUCACAAUCAAUAAGCAAGAAUGAUUUUACACAGGAGCUGGAAAAAUAUUCUUUCAAGGAUAAAGAAGAACUUAUGAGAGCUAUCCAGCUCCAAUGCAUUAAGACACAUAGACAAUUUGAGGUAGUCAAUGAGCAUGGAUCUCCAUGGUUAGAGCCACGUGGUUUUCAUAGGUAUUGUUUACGACAUUUUAUCAACAACUUUAAUGACAAGUUUCACAAUUCAGAAUUGAAAGCUUUAGCUUAUCGUGCUGGGAGUCAGAAUCAAGUUCGAAAAUUCAACUUCAUCAUGGAAGAAAUUGGGAAGCUAAAUCCACAAGCUCGACAGUGGCUAGAGAGACAUCCACUUGAUAGAUGGGCACUCGCACAUGAUGGUGGGAGGAGAUAUGGGCUUCUUACAACAAAUUUGUCAGAUAUUUUUAACAGUGUACUUAAAGGUGCUCGUUUUUUACCAAUCACGACAUGUGUCCAACUUACUUUCUAUAGAUUGGUACAUUAUUUUGAAGUGAGGCGUCCUUUAGGAUCUAGUGCCCAAGCUAAUGGAGAUGCAUAUACUCCUCAAGUUGUUGUAAAACAAGUGGCUUUGAUGUCAAAAGCAAGUGCACACUCAUUGAGAUCUUUUAAUCGAGAGAAGGGUAUAUUUGAGUUGAUAACUCAAAGAGGAAAAAAUGUGCAAGUAGUUAAUUUGGACAAAAAAACUUGUACAUGUGAGUAUUGUUCUACUUGGGCAUCUGAGUUUUCCCCACUUCCUCAUGAACCGUAUUGGCCACAAUCUUCAUCUAGACAAUUGCAUCCAAAUAUAGAGCUUUUACGGAAUAAAAAAUGUCAUCCUCGCUCAACAAGACUACGAAAUGGAAUGGACAUCAAAGAAGGAAAAAAUGGAUACCUUUGUGGGAUUUGUUGA